AUGGCUGCACCGGGCGCGAGGGCGCAGAAGCCGGUGGGCUCUGCAGCCUGGAUUUCCACCGAAAAGGAAAACUGCUCGCAACUGGUAGAUCAGGAGAUGGAGGAAAUCGAGUUUCCUGUUCGUUAUGAGAUGGAAUGGCUGAACGAGCACAUGGCCGAGGUCUUCUCAAACAACCAACUCAACUUUGCAGAUGUGUUCAAGACGCCAGGAAAAUUACGAGGCAAGACCCCUCGGACCUUGCGAAAACGUGAUCCGACGGAAAACCGGGUGCCUCUGAGCGAGAUCUUCUCCUCCGUCCAAAAGAACCGAGUCGAUCCCACGUACUCCGCUAGUCCCGCCGUUCAGCGCUCCCCCACGAAAGCUAUGACUGCCCCCUCGGCACCAACUCCGCCGGUCGCAUCCCCUGCUGUCCCUACUCCAGCAGCCGCAACUCCGUUAGCUGCCACUCCCACGGCGCCGACGCCGUCGGCUCAAUCAAAGAAGAAAUCGCCAACCCCGUCGCAGCCUGAAUACCCCGAUUUGACGCAAAACAUCAAUUCCUUCUCGCAGUACAACACAGACUCUGGAUACCAUGGAAUGGCAGAGGAGGAUGAUGAUGAUGAAGUGGUUCUUACUCAGGUGGCACCUGAGUCUCAAUCCACACAAUCAUUCGACCUUGAGCCCAUUGCAGUGCCCGAACCCCGCCGUUCAUCUAUUGACCGCCGCACGACAGAUGCCUCGUUCCACUCAGCCCGCGAAGAAGUCCGCCACCGUGGUGAGACCGUCGAGCCCGUGAACGUCGUCUCACCGAGUCAAACUCGCGAAGAACAGACGCCGGUCGCCGAACCAACCAAGGAGGCUGAGCCAGAAGCAGAUGUUGUUAUGGAGGACGAACCUGCCGCCGACCACGAAGUUGAGGCAGCGCCAGAGAACACUAAUGCCCCCGCGCAAAACGAAGAGUCGUCACCGGCCAAAGCCGCCAUUGCUCAACCUUCUUCUCCUAAAGAACCCAACCUUCCCGAAAAAGAUGAAAAGCCCAAACAAGACUAUGAACCCGAGAAAGAUGAAAUGGCGAUUGACGAUCUGGACGACAUCGGGUCGCCGUCGGAGAAGGAUUCUCCAGAACGGCCCCCGAUUCGCAAGAGCAGCCUGAGCUUUGCGUCCCUUCCUGCAAGGGAGCCUCUUGCACCCAAGCCACUGGGAAGCUCAAGGCUUUCUAGGACCAGCCAUCUUGAUUCUAUCAAGCCGACUGCGGGAUCUAACUACCUUGGCCGCCAGACCGGUCACCGAAUGACCCAAACCGAGAAGAUGGAUGUCGACGAGCCCAAAGAAACAGCGAAUGAGGAAUCUCAUGCGGAUGCAAAUGCGAGCAAACUUCACAACAAGUCAUCAACCCAAAGGCUGCAUGAGAAGAUCAGCAUGCUUGGCAAGAUGCAGCCAUCGCGACCGACCAAGUCCAUCCCAGCUGUUCCAGGUUUGUCGUCGGCAGCAGUAUCGUACCCUGAGCUACCUGCAGUGCAACCCGAGGCGAAACAGGCAUCCUCCAGCUCUAAGCCACGCGAGACCACACCCCCCCAAUCACCGAACGCCGAGGACGACUGGAUCAAGCCGAUGAGCUCUCCGUUCCAGACGCUCCUUUCAGCUCGAGCGACCGCCAGUAAACCCAAAUCGUCCGACCCUGCGACAAGCGACGCCGCUGAGGAACCUUCUCCCAUCAAGACCAGAGCUACUCAGGAAUUGGCCAAGAUCCACUCCAGACAAACCUCGGAGAUCGCUCGUGGCAAAUCUGCCACCCCGGUGUUUUCGCCCCAGCGGUACGGUCAUACGAAGAGCGCCUCAGUAAAUAUCGACGCCAAAAUGACAACAACGCCGAUUGGAUCCCCUCGCCAGGACGGCCCUCUGAGUGCCUCCAAGUCUAGGCUUCAGUCGAUCAUGAGAUCCGCCAAAGGUCUCUUCACAAGCGCUGCUGGUGUCUCGGCAGCUGCUCAAAUCGAGGCUUCCUCACCAGAUGAGCCCAGGACCCAACUCCAGCGAGCGAAUACCGAUAUUGCUCGAACCAGCCAGCGCCCAUUGUCCGUCUUUAGCCCUCCACGCCAAGAAGGCCGUCGGACUCGAAGCUCCACGGAACGUGAGGAGAAGCGCAGACAGCAGGAACUUGAAGAGCGCAAGCGGGAGGAGGAGCUGGCCGAAAAGGCACGACAACAGGAGAAGCUACGGAUCUCACAGCAGAAGGCCACAAGGGAAAGGUCACGCACAGAAUCGGAAGUGCGAGCUCCGAAUAUCCCCUCCAGCCCUCUGAGGGUGCCGCAGCACAAGACAUCGCGGGAGCAUGAACCGGCUAUUGAAGCUGCGCCCAAAGCCGCGCCCCAACCUUCAGGACCGCAAGCAGCCAAACCAAACGACCGCCGGCCGACAAAAACGACCCGUGAGUCCCAACAGAGGCCAAGACCUCAACCCGUAUCGAUCCGCGUCGGCAGUGCUCUCUCACGCCAUAUGCCUCUGGCUUCCUCAAUGGCGUCGAGCGCUGAGUCAAGCAUUCCUGUGCCUCCUCCGUCCGCUUCAAAAGUGCCGUCCUUGAAGAAGAAGGCCAGCAACCAGUCACUACACACGGCUGCGUCGAACAGCAGCUUUAAGAGCUCUGCCUCUAGCCAGACGCAACGUAAAGCCCAGUUGGCGAGUGAAAGGAAGCGAGAGCAAGAGGAGCGUGAAGCGAGGCGUAAGGAGGAGCAGCGACGCGAAAUGGAGCGGAAGCGGGCAGCUCAGCAGAGUCGGGCUGAAGCUGAGCGCCGUGAGCGACAGAUUGAAGAUCCCAAAAAGGCCGCUCAGAUGCAGGCGAUUGAGAAGCGGAGGUUGGAAAACGCACGAAGACUUGAGAGGCAAGGCAGCCAGCAGCCUGAGAUGGCUUCUACCCAUGCUGAGAAGAUUGCACCCCAGGCGUCACAGCCUCCCCGCCCUGCGUCCCGUCUAGGAUCGGUACUUGGGCGCACAAUCAACCCGCCUGCUCCGAACCCGGCCAAGCCGCCGAAGAGAGGAAUGGAGGAGGAGAACACUCGCUCCGCAGCUGCUAAGCCUGGGGCGAUGCAGCUGUCUGGCGAGACCAAGCGGAGGAGGACUGAUGACGAACAGAACCGUGCCUCGAUGCGACCCGCAAUGGCGCCGCCGAUCCGACAGUCUAACAUUCGCAAGGAACCUGCUAAGAAGCCGUCCAUGUACGGAACUGGCGCGUCCCAGCCGGGCUCCUCAAUUUUCAAGACUGGCCAGCCGCAAAGGCCAGGACACCCGAUGGACAUGUCCAAAUACGCUAGCGGCAAGAUCCCCUUCGCGGAACCUUCCAAUGCUGGUCCGUCCCAAUCGCACCGUACUCCUGGUCCCAGCUCUAGCAAGGCAGCGAAGCCAUCUCCCAAAUACCCUGACGGCGAGAAGAUUCACCUUCCUGAAAUUGCGACUGACAGUGAGGACGAGGACUCCGAGGCUGAGAUGCUUCCCGUGCCCACUUGGGCGCAGCCGAAGCACCUCGAAACGCUCCUCCGAGAUCAGGAGGGCAUGGAGGUCGACUCCAUCUUCGGUCCAAUAGCGCCCUUCUCGCUGGAGGAGACAUUCAAGGCGGAUAAGAGGAUCAAGAAGUUCCGUGAACGAACCAGCAGUGCGAACUGGGCAGGACCGGAUGGACUGACACAGGAGGAGAUCAGGAAGGAUGUUGCAGAGCGACAGCGUCUGCGCCUAAACGGAGGCUGGACUUUUGGGAUGUAG